ACCAUUCUGUAAUUAGAGUGAGACAAACCCUCGUCAAUUGGAACUCUCCUCACCCCACCGCCUUCGCCUUCGCCUUCGCCUUCUUCGCCGCCCCUCUCUCUCGUCGUGCUCCUUCCAGUUGGAACCCGAGGGAUUAGAGGCGCAAGGAAGAGUUCCGAUGGCGGAUCCAGGAAUACACGGUGGAGAUGACGUUGACCACCGCCAGGAUUCCGGUAACAGGCGACUCUACAACCCCUACCAGGACCUCCAAAUCCCUUACCGAACCCUCUACGACCUCCCGACCUCGCCGGAGUUUCUCUUCCAGGAGGAGUCCCUCGCCCAGCGCCGUUCCUGGGGCGAGAAUCUCACCUACUACACAGGAAUUGGCUACCUCUCCGGCUCCGUUGCGGGAGCCUCCCUCGGCCUCCGCCGCGCCCUUCGCUCCGCCGAGCCCGGCGACACGCUCAAGAUCCGGAUCAACCGGAUCCUGAACUCCUGUGGCCAGGAUGGCCGCCGCAUCGGUAACCGGGUCGGCGUCAUCGGCCUCAUGUACGCCGGUCUCGAGAGCGGGAUGGUUGCCGCGAGGGAUACGGACGACUGGGUCAACAGCGUCCUGGCCGGGCUCGGCACCGGAGCCCUCUUUAGGGCCGCCAAUGGGCCUCGAUCGGCGGCCAUCGCCGGUGCCAUUGGCGGCUUGAUGGUCGGCGCUGCUGUAGCUGGGAAACAGGUCUUGAAGAGAUACGUGCCGAUAUAGCAUUUGUGGAACGCCGGGAGGGUAUUAGAAAUUUGUGGCAAUAAGUUUCUUAGCACCAAAUUGAUCGACAUAUUAUAUCUUGUGAAAAUAGCUGCUCGCAUUUGGAUUGACGAGUAGCAUACAUCUGCUUGUUGGAUUUUGAAUAUAAGAAUGGAGAUCCCAUUGGCACUUAUUGCUGUUCAUGGAAGAGGGAGGGGAAGUGGGGAUCAAUUUGAUUUUGAUUAGUAGGUUCUCCUUUUGCUUCUGGCACUCCAUACCUUUUGUGAAACUAGUUAGAUUCUUAUCUUGCAAUGGAAUAGUGUUCAUGUUGUAUGUUGUCUUGCUCAACUGUAGAAAAUUAUGUUGCAUUAUGUUAUUGCACUUUAGAAAAUUAUAAAUAAACCCUUUUUAGGUAUCAAUGGAUUAUCUGAUGCAUAUCAGUCUGGAAGGACAUCUUUUAAUCAUGCUGAACCAAAUUGAAUUAGCUUUACGGCUACUCAAGACAUACUUGGAAUGAACUUUACGGGUGACAAGAUGUAGUCUUGUGUGAGGAUAGUUUUGGUGCUCUUCUUGUCGGAUGGUCUCUGGUCAUCUUGUGGUCGUUUGAUCUAGCAAAUAUGUGUGGUGAGCGAGUUGCUAUCUGAUAUAAAUGUUGGUUUGUGUCGACAACAGGUUACUGCUUCACAUAGCUUAACAAGUUGCUUAGAAGGAAAAGAGUCCAACUUAAAAUUCCUCGAUAGGAAAUUGUAUCGAAUAGGUGAAAGUUUCUGUUGAUAGAGAUAUGCAUUAUCGGAAUUUGGUACUGAAGGCAUCUCGUACUUGAUAAACUUUAUUUCUGUAGAAAUAAUUGAUUGCUCUUUUUUUUAAUUAUUGAUUAUAGGUGACAUUUGAGACAUUUGUUGUGUCAUCUUUUGCUUCCAAUGAAAGCUACACCACAAGGAACAAAAGCCUACGUAUUUUCUCUCCAUAGCUUCUUGUUAUGGAUGUUAUAUUUCCUUUUGAUUUUAGUUUUCGUUUUCCACUCAUCUGUUUGUAGUUCCCGUUCAUGCAGCCUGUGUUUCUUUGUAGUAACUUUGUCGGCAUCCAUCUGAAUCGUAUUUUUGGUUGUUUGUCCUGGAAAGUGAAUCACCUGGGAUCGUUUUUAAGAGUUCAACCGUUGCAAGAAUCAAGUUGCAAAGAUGGUGCAUAGACCAUCCUACCACUUGAACCUUGUAAUUAUGGUGGCAACUUGUAUUUGUGGGCAUCAAUACCCAUUGGGAAACAUUGGUUGGUAGUCAUUCACAUUAGUUAGGCUUCCUUACCUUUUAAUUUAAUUGCUGCACAUUCUGUUUGAUCAUCACUGUGUUGGGCAGUAACUUUGUUGCUGCUUCAGAAUAGCAUUGUUGAAGGUUGUUCUUCGAGUUAUGUUACUGGGUUCUUUAGAAGGAUGGCAUCGAACGACUAUGUAUUUUUCCUCAAAGCUAGCAAGUGUGUAACACAAGCGCUGUCUCUUGUCUGGACAUGAUAUUUUCUUUAGUUACACGUCCAUGGCAGCAUUAGAGGAGAGAAUAGUGUGACCACUCCUUUUUUUUUUUUUUUCUCUCUCUAAUUAUUUUUGUAGAGUUUCAAAGAUUGUGAAAGUGAAAGUAAGUUUGAACUAAUUGUUAAGGGCGGUUUUGACGUUCAUGGGGUGGGUUGCAUCAACUAGUUUUUAUGGUUUUUUUAUUUUUAUUUUUAAACGAGCUUGUAGUCACGGAGGUCGAUCCUUUUGUGUUAGGACAUGGUUGACAGUUCGAAUUAUUUGGGGUUUCUUUUGUUUUGUUUUGUUUUUUGUUUUUUUUUCUUAAUGUGAUUGUAGCAAGGAUCAUCAUUAUGGUGAUCUGAUCGGAUCGGCACGUAUCAGUCAAUAUCGGUGUGCGAUGUGUCGACCAGUCAGUCAAUUCCAGGAGAGGAAAAGUAAAAGAGGAAGGAGCGGUGUGCUAUGUGUCCACGGUACAUCGGGGAGGAAGAAGAAGGAAAAGAGGAAGAAGGAAGAGAAGAAAAAAAAAAAGAAGAGGAAGGAAGGAAGAAGAAAAAUGGUGGAGGAAGAGGAAAAAUAAGACGCGCACUCAGUAUGGUAUUAUGCGGUGAGGUCAUGUGAUCACUCACUGAAUCGGUUCAAGUUUGGAGUGGUAUAUAUCAUCCGUUUCGAACAGGUGAUUUACUGGAACAGCAACCCCCAUAAUGCACGACCAGCUCAGAUUUCCUCGAUGGUCGGGGGCUCUCAGCAAGACUUCCAUUUAAGCUGCGGCGGAGAGAGAGAGUGAGGUCUUAUUUUUCUACGUAG